AACAGCACUUUUCUGAUGUCGUACUUAGUGAAGAAUACCUCAAUCUUGGUGUAGAGCAGGUGUGCAGUCUUAUAUCCAGUGACAAACUCACAAUUGCCUCAGAAGAGAAGGUAUUUGAAGCAGUGAUAGCGUGGGUAAACCAUGACAAAGAUGUAAGGCAGGAGCUAAUGGCACGCCUGAUGGAGCAUGUUCGGCUGCCUUUGCUUUCCCGGGAAUAUUUAGUUCAGAGAGUUGAAGAGGAAAUAUUGGUUAAGAACAGCAGUGCUUGUAAGGAUUACCUCAUUGAAGCUAUGAAGUAUCACUUGCUGCCAACUGAGCAACGAGCAUUGAUGAAAAGCACUCGAACAAAACUGAGAACACCUGCUAGCCUUCCAAAAUUGAUGAUGGUAGUUGGAGGACAGGCACCAAAGGCAAUUCGCAGUGUUGAAUGCUAUGAUUUUAAAGAAGAACGUUGGCAUCAGGUAGCUGAGUUGCCUUCCAGAAGGUGUAGAGCAGGAAUGGUGUACAUGGGAGGCAUGGUUUAUGCUGUUGGUGGUUUCAAUGGUUCUCUGAGAGUUCGCACAGUAGAUUCCUAUGAUCCCGUGAAGGACCAGUGGACAAGUGUUGCUAAUAUGCAAGACAGGAGAAGCACACUGGGAGCCGCUGUAUUGAAUGGCCUUCUUUAUGCUGUGGGAGGAUUUGAUGGGAGUACAGGUUUAUCCUCAGUCGAAGUUUACAACUUAAAGACUAAUGAGUGGUUUCAUGUAGCUCCAAUGAACACAAGAAGAAGUAGUGUUGGCGUAGGUGUUGUUGGAGGUAAACUGUAUGCUGUUGGUGGGUACGAUGGGGCGUCACGUCAGUGCCUUAGUUCAGUAGAAUGCUAUGAUGCUAAUACAAAUGAGUGGACCUAUGUUGCAGAAAUGAGCACUAGACGGAGUGGAGCAGGUGUUGGUGUCUUAAACAAUUUAUUGUAUGCAGUAGGUGGUCAUGAUGGUCCUUUGGUAAGAAAAAGUGUUGAAGUGUUUGAUCCUGUCGCCAGUACAUGGAAGCAGGUUGCAGACAUGAACAUGUGCAGAAGGAAUGCAGGUGUUUGUGCUGUAAAUGGUCUCCUGUAUGUAGUUGGUGGAGAUGAUGGUUCCUGUAAUUUAUCGACAGUGGAAUAUUAUAAUCCAACAACUGAUAAAUGGACAGUUGUGUCAUCUUGUAUGAGUACAGGAAGAAGCUAUGCAGGUGUUACAGUUAUUGACAAACCAUUAUGAUCAGUAAAGGGAUUUUCAACUUGAUUAUGCACUAGAAGCAGUCUUCAACAAGUGUAUUUGAAGUGACUGAGUAUCUAAGCACUUCUCUACUUGUAGCUGCACCUUGAGUCACAGUGGAAGAUGUGACUGUCUACAAUUACAGAUGACAGAUGAUGAAGAUUACUCUAGGUAGAAGCAGUGCAUAGGAUUAUUCUGCAGUUGAGCAGAAGCUGAUUGAAUUUUUGAAGUCUAGUGGACCAUUUCUUUUUUUAUUGCAAAGGUCUUAAAAAAAAAAAAGAGCCACUUUCAUAAGGACCGACUUAUGUCAGUCACGACUGAGAAACAGAUUGUCAGUGAAGAAUGGUGUCUAUUCUGGUGAAAGUAAAUUUUUGUCUUAUUUUUUCCAGAGACUAAUAAGUAUAUUUAAAUAAAUGAACCAUCAAUCUUCAUAAUAGAUAUUGAAUCCCACCUCAGUAAUUCAAGCUGGCAUGGGGUAAAUGUUUUCUUUUAUAAAACUUUUGUUACAUAGCUAUAAUAUGUGCAUAUGUUUGUGUGAGCAUAAGUUGCUUUCUAUUAAAAUACUUCAAAAUCCGAUUUUACUAUUUAUAAUUUGGCACAGUACUUUGAAUAUGCCAGUACUAUGUUGUAAAACAGAGUUGUAUUUUUUGAUAUGUAACAAUGCUUAAUACUACUAAUUCCCACUGAAAGAAUGAUCGGAGAUGAUAUAACACUUCUUGAACAGGUGUAAUUUCAAGAUCUUUUUAAUAAAAAUGUUGUCUGUACUUCUGAUUUUUUUUUUUCUGUUCCAUUUUGGUCAUGUUUAGAUGUUACUUCUUUCUUACCUUUUUAUCCAAAAGGUGAUUUGGCAUGAAAAUAACUGAAAACUUAUAAUGAAUGUAUGAAAUUGCAUUGAACUUGCAUGGUACUAAGGCCUGUUUAUGCGUGUAACCUUAGCUUCUAUUAGCUAAUAUCAGAGUAUACUGUAUGUGGCCAUGCUUAUAAAGCAGCUCAUUUUUAUUUGUUCUUGGAUGGCCUCCUUUUAACAUGACCAAAGUUAUUGUCAUAUUUGAGACAUUUUCUUCAAAUAAAAGUUUGUAUAUUGUUUCCUAAUGCCAA